AUGGCUUCCAAGACGGGAGGUCGCGUCGCCUGGGGGUCGCAGAGGUGCGACUUGGGGAGCCGCGCGGGAUGCCAAGGGCCGCCGGCGGGACCGCGGAGGGCUCGGCUGCAGGUGUGCGCCGCGGUGAAGAAGUCCAAUUCGAAGAACAUCGUGUGCAGCAAGACUCUGAUCGUCAAGCAGGAGCACAUGGAGAAGGUGAAGGAGAUGUGCCUGGAGCUCGCGGAGCACGCCAAGGGGGAGAUGAACGACCGGAAGAACGGGAUUUUGGGUUUUGACGUGAUGGCGGACCAGUUUGAGGACGGCACCAUCCACUUCUGGGAGCGAUACACCGAUAACCAGAGGCUGAACAAGUUCAAUGCCAGCCCCAAGUUCAUGGCAUUCAUGGAGGGCGUCUCGGAGUACUUGGAGCGGCCUGUGGGCCUUGCACUGUACGAAUACAACGAGGGCCAGAUAGGCAACUCGUGCGUGCAAGAGGGGCCCAAGGGCGAAGGUGGCCUGGACGAUGCCACUGGUGCGGGGCUCAAUGCGGGCGCCAGAAUGUCACAGACAGCCAACGUCGUCAACCUGGGGGAUAUGAAGCGAGGUGACGAGGGGGACGCCUUUGGCAUGGACUUCAAAUUCCCGUGGCAAAAGGAUGACAAGGACGACGACGAUGACGAGAAGAAGUAA